AUGUACGCGAAGGAGUUGGAAUCGUCGAACGGCAAGGUCAUCAGCGACAAGGUUACGGUGGACAAGUCGGUGGUGGCUAACCUCGCGGAGACGCUCGUACAUCGACCGACGAUCAAGGCUGAAGAACCGGUAGCUGAAGAUGACCGACAGUGGAACAAGGCUGUCGGCCACGACACCAGCCACGAUCCACGUUCAAGAUGCGCUAAUUCUGAACGGACGGCCAACGACCACCUCUCUCCGAUGGAGCGAUCAAGAUGUAGCUAUAGACGAUCAAGGGAGCCCAGUCGCGAUCAACGACCAAGAUGGCGGUCGGCGAUCAACCUGACGAUGAACGACUAA